AGAGAGAGAGAGAGAGAGAGAGAGAGAACACAAACGAUACAGAAGAGAAGCGAACGUCGCAAUAGAGAGAAACAACAACGCCGCGCACAGAGAUUUUUCCCGGCGAAACGAGAGCAAUACAGAGAGAGAGAGAGAGAGAGAGAUUUAGUGAGAAGCUUUCUCUAGGGUUUUCUUCUCGAUUUCUCUUCCUUUGACCUCGAUCUAAUUCCCUCUUCGUUCCUCGAUAAAUUAUUCGCCUUCUUUCUCUUCGUUCAUUCGUAUCUCUCUUAGCUCCAUUCUAGGGUUCUUGAUCCGUUUCUCUUAGGUUUCGUUAUCUACCCGGGUUGGUGAGUUUAGUCCGGCGUGUUGGGAGAAAUUGGCGAACUUUAGCGGUGAGGUUCUGAAGCAAAAGCAUGAGUAUUGAUUUCCCCGGGAAAGGGGAGAAUUAGUGGGGAAGUGUUUUUGGUUACUGAGAAAUUUUGGAUUGGUGUUUCCUCCAUGAGCGAUGGGGGUGUCGCAUGCAUGCCUCUACUGAAUAUCAUGGAAAAGCUUCCAAUUGUGGAGAAGAAGACGACUCUUUGUGGAGGCAAUGAAAGCAAGAGUGCUGCUACUUCGGACAAUGGUCACACAUCUAUCUCAACUAAGGUUCCGGAGUCUCAGCCAGCUGAUGAUAAUAAACCUUCAGCGUCUCAGCCAGUUAAGAAGAAGAGAAUUGUUAAGGUUAUUCGUAAAGUUGUUAAGAGGAGGCUGAAACAGCCGCAGAAACAGCCGCAGAAACAAGGAGAGGUUCUGUCGAAAGAACAGACGACGCAGGUAGUGCAAGUACUCCCUGCGGAGUCACAGUUGCCGCCCAAAGAGCAGGAGGUGAAGAGUGAGUUUAAAGGAGGAACUAGUAGUGGGAAUAAAGAAGUUGAAAACGGUGGAGAUUCUGGGUUUAAGGAUGAAGUGGAAGAGGGUGAAUUAGGUACGUUAAAGCCUCCUGGGGAUUUGGAGAAUGGUGAAAUCUCUCCAGUAAGGUCAUUGCAGAGGAGUGAGAUCGAAAAGGGCGAGAUUAUUGGGCAGACUUGGAAGAAAGAUGAAGCUUCCAAGGGUGAGUUCAGUUAUCUAAAAUAUCAUAAAGGGUAUGUGGAGAGAAGGGAUUUUCCCGCAGAUAAGAACUGGAAAGGAGAUAAGGAAGAAAGAGACUUCAGAUCAUGGAGAGUUCCCAGUGAUGAAAUUGAAAAAGGGGAAUUCAUCCCAGACAGAUGGCAAAAAAUGGAUAAUGUAAAAGAUGAUCAUAGUUACGCCAGAUCUCGUAGGAAUGGAGUAGACAGAGAGAAAACGUGGAAAUAUGAAUAUGAUUAUGAACGUACCCCGCCCGGUGGAAGGUUUGCAAAUGAAGAUAUCUACCACCGGAGAGACUUCAGAAGUGGGUAUGACAGGGCUACAAGAAUCAGUUCUAAAAUUGUUAUAGAGGAAAAUUUACACAAGAGUGAAUACAACAAUCCCAGUAAUCUUGUAAAGGAGUACUCUUCUACUGUGAACAGAUUGAAGCGACAUGGAGCUGAACCAGAUAGCGUGGAGCGCAAACACUCCUAUGCUGAUUAUGGGGAUUAUGGGAGCUCUAAAUGUAGAAAACUUUCAGAUGAUUGUUCACGCUCUCUUCACUCAGACCACUACUCACGGAAUUCUGCUGAGAGGCCGUACAGAGAUUCAUAUUCAUCAAAAACUUCACCUCUGGAUAAGUAUCCUAGAAAGCAUCAAGACGCACCUUUCCCUGCCAAGGCUUUUUCAGACAGGCAUGGACACAGCCCUGCACGAUCUGAUUGGGACCCACAUGACCGGUCUAGGUACUAUGAACACCGCGAUAGAAGUCCAGUCCAUCGGGAGAGAUCACCAUAUGCUCGGGAGAGAUCACCAUACAUCUUUGAAAAGUCUGCACAUGCUCGUAAAAGGUCUCCACGUGACCGCCGUCACCAUGAUUAUAGAAGAAGUCCAAGUUAUUCUGAGUGGUCACCUCAUGAUCGCUCAAGGCCCAGUGACCGCAGAGACUGUACUCCUAACUAUAUGGAAGAUACCCAGAGUGACCGUAACAGGCGUAACGGGCAAAGGGAAAUAAGCAGGAAAAGUGGAGUCCGGGAGAGGAGGGAUUUUCAGACUGGUACGGAGCUUGAUAAUAAGCACAAAUAUAAGGAUUCUAAUGGAAAAGAGUUAAACUCAUCAAGCAAAGAAUUGCAAGGUAAAAAUAUUCUCUACAACAAUAAUCCCGUGGUUGAGAAAAAUUCCGUCUGUGAUUCAUCCAAAAUUCCAAGUCCAUGUGCAAUGGGAAAAGAGCCUGUGCAAGUUGGUGAAGCCUCUACUGUAGAGUUGCCAUCAAUGGAGGUAGAUAUGGACAUUUGCGACACACCACCCCAUGAUCCUGUGGCGGCUGAUACAUCCUCGGGGAAGUGGUUUUAUCUUGAUUAUUAUGGCAUGGAACAUGGGCCUGCUAAGUUAUCUGAACUCAAAGCUCUUAUGGAGCAAGGCGUUCUUUUCUCUGAUCAUAUGGUUAAACAUUCAGAUAAUAAUAGGUGGGUCACUAUUGAAAAUGCAACAUCUCCUGUGGUCAACAUGAAUUUUCUAUCAGUCGUGUCAGAUGCAGUGACACAGCUCGUCAAUCCUCCUGAAGCUCCUGGUAAUUUAUUAGAAGACAUUGCAGAUACUACAGAAGCAGUGUGUAUUGAGCAAGAAGUUGGAGAUUCCUUGCCUGAAUCAGUGUCCGUACCAGAAGCUAAUGAAUUUUUAGUAGAGCAUGGUGAAGAUUUCCAGAUUGAUAAGAGGAUUGCAAAUCUCUUGGAGGGUUAUACUAUCACUCCUGGCAAAGAACUUGAGACACUUGGAGAAGCUCUGGAGGUUAAAGUGGAGUUUGAAGAGACCAAAGGAUGUGCGACAUCUGAAGGUAUCACCUGGCGUCACUAUCAAGAGGCAAAUAAAUGGGAUCUGGUGGAUGAAGAGUUGUUGGGAUGUUCAGAGCCCAUGAAAAGGGGGAUCGAAGAAUAUAAGUCAGACGAUGUUUAUGGUUCUGAGAGUGAUGAGAUAGGCAGCUGGUUUUCGGGUCGUUGGUCUUGCAAAGGCGGGGACUGGAUAAGACAAGAUGAAGCUUCUCAAGAUAGAUAUUACAAAAAGAAAAUUGUUCUGAAUGAUGGUUUCCCAUUAUGCCUGAUGCAGAAAUCCGGCUAUGAGGAUCCUCGAUGGCAUCACAAGGAUGACUUGUAUUAUCCUCUCAGUAGCUCUAGGCUUGAACUUCCCCUGUGGACUUUUUCUGGCGUAGAUGAGAGAAUUCAGACGAGAGGAGUAAAGGCUAGUUUUCUGUCCGUUGUUAGGCUGAACGCUUUGGUUGUUAAUGACCAAGUUCCACCAGUUCCUGAUCCCCGAGUAAAAGUUCGUGGUAAGGAGCGGUGCACUUCAAGGCCUGCUCGUCCAUCCCCUGCGUCUAGUGAUUCCAAGAGGGAAUCAGUCGAAAGUCAAUCAACAGCUUGCAAUGGUCAAGAUUCGGAGGGACUUUGGAGAACUGACAGAUCUGUUAACACUCCUAUGGAUCGGCUGUGUACGGUCGAUGAUUUGCAAUUGCAUAUGGGUGAUUGGUUUUACACGGAUGGGGCUGGGCAAGAACAAGGACCUCUGCCAUUUUCGGGGCUCCAGAUAUUGGUGGAUAAAGGUUUCAUUAAGAGCCACAGCAGUGUCUUCAGGAAAUCUGAUAAAAUCUGGGUCCCUGUUACUUCUAUCACAAAAGCUCCUGAAAUCAUUGCCAAGCUUCGGGGGAAAACCCCAGCUCUGCCUUCAGAUUGUCAAGGCCUAGAGACACAGGGUUUCAAGCGUUCUGAAAUGGACACAAGUCUAAACUCGUUCCAUGGUAUGCACCCUCAGUUUCUUGGUUAUUUCCGUGGGAAACUUCAUCAAUUGGUUAUGAAAACAUUCAAGAGUCGGGAUUUUUCGGCUGCCAUAAACGAUGUUUUAGACUCUUGGAUCCAUACAAGACAGCCUAGGAAAGAGAGUGAAAAGUACAUAUACCAAUCUUCAGAAUUUGAUUCUUGCUAUACGAAAAGAGCUCGCUUGAUGGCUGGUGAAAGUGGAGAAAAUUUUGAAACGGAAGAUACACAAAUAUUUCAGAAGGAUGAGUUGACAUUUGAGGAUUUAUGCGGGGACGUUGCCUUCCAUGUUGAAGGAAAUAGAUCCCCUGGCACUGUGGGGAUUUAUUGGGGUCUGUUGGAUGGCGGUGCAUUAGCACGGGUGUUUCAUUUGUUGAGAUAUGAUGUAAAAUCACUUGCAUUUGCUUCCAUGACUUGUAGACAUUGGAAGGCCACUAUUAAUUCAUACAAAGAUAUUUCAAGACUAGUUGACUUAUCUUCUUUGGGUCCCAACUGCACAGAUUCUAGGCUCAGGAGUAUCAUGAACACUUACAGUAAGGAGAGGAUAGACUCGAUAAUUCUGGUUGGUUGUACAAACGUGACUGCCAGCAUGCUUGAGGAAAUUCUUCAUUCAUUUCCCCGUAUAUCUUCUGUAGACAUCACAGGCUGCCCCCAGUUUGGAGAUUUGACAGUGAAUUAUACAAAAGUAAAUUGGCUCAGAGGCGAGGAUACUCGAUCAGGUGAAUUGCAUUCCAGGAUAAGGAGUCUGAAGCACACGACAGAUAUUGCGAAAUCUAAGGGAAUAGGGGGCGAUACAGAUGAUUUUGGUAACCUUAAGGAUUACUUUGAUCGAGUAGAGAAGCGAGAUUCAGCCAAUCUGUUAUUCCGAAGAAGCUUAUACAAACGCUCAAAAUUGUAUGAUGCAAGGAGAUCAUCAGCGAUACUAUCCAGGGAUGCUCGUAUCAGGCGAUGGGCAAUUAAAAAGUCAGAACAUGGGUAUAAGCGAGUGGAGGAAUUCCUUGCUUCAAGUCUUAGGAGCAUCAUGAAGCAGAAUACUUUUGACUUCUUUGCUUUGAAGGUUUCUCAAAUCGAGGAAAAAAUGAAAAAUGGUUACUACGUUAGUCAUGGAUUGAGAUCUGUCAAGGAGGAUAUCAGCCGGAUGUGCAGGGAAGCAAUUAAGGGUAGGAAUCGUGGGGGCUCGAAAGACAUGAACCGAAUCAUCACACUGUUUAUUCAACUUGCCACGCGUUUGGAAGAGGUCUCUAUGGUUACUUCUUCAUAUGGAAGAGAUGAACUAAUGAAGUCAUGGCAAGAUGGCUCAGGGCUCUCAUCAGCCUCUAAGUACAACAAGAAGUUGAGCAAAACAGUAACUGAAAAGAAGUACAUGAGCAGGACUGGUGACACAUUUGGUGUAAAUGGUGCUUCAGAGUAUGGAGAAUAUGCAUCUGACCGAGAAAUCAAAAGGCGCUUGUCUAAAUUAAAUCGUAAAUCCUUUAGUUCAGGUAGUGAAACAUCUUCUGAACUCUCUGACAAUGGCAAGAGUGACAAUUAUAGCUCAGCUUCGGCUUCAGAAAGUGAAUCGGACAUCCGUUCAGAAGGUCGAUCACAGGACUUGCGCGUCGAAAGAUACUUCACAGCAGAUGAAUCCUUUGAUUCUGUGACCGAAGAGCGUGAAUGGGGUGCACGUAUGACCAAAGCUAGUCUUGUACCACCCGUUACUAGGAAAUAUGAAGUGAUUGAAAAGUAUGCAAUUGUCGCGGAUGAGGAAGAAGUGCAACGUAAGAUGCGGGUUUCUUUGCCAGAGGAUUAUGGUGAGAAGCUUAAUGCACAAAGAAAUGGCAUUGAAGAGUUAGAUAUGGAACUUCCUGAAGUUAAGGAGUAUAAACCAAGAAAGAGUCUUGGCGAUGAGGUUUUAGAGCAAGAGGUUUAUGGAAUCGAUCCUUAUACCCAUAACCUCUUACUUGAUUCAAUGCCCGGAGAUUUGGACUGGUCACUGCAGGAUAAACAUUCAUUUGUAGAAGAUGUUAUCUUACGUACCCUGAACAGGCAAGUUCGGCUGUUUACUGGAUCUGGAAACACCCCUAUGGUAUUCCCUUUAAGGCCUGUGAUUGAAGAGCUCAAAGAGAGUGCUCGUGAAGAGUGUGAUAUACGAACUCUGAAGAUGUGUCAAGGCGUUUUAAAGGAAAUAGAAAGUCGUUCUGAUGAUAAAUAUGUUUCUUAUCGGAAGGGCCUCGGUGUUGUGUGCAACAAAGAAGGUGGUUUUGGAGAAGAAGAUUUUGUUGUUGAAUUUCUUGGAGAGGUUUAUCCUGUUUGGAAGUGGUUUGAGAAGCAAGAUGGGAUUCGUUCCUUACAGGAAAACAAAACUGAUCCUGCACCAGAGUUCUACAAUAUAUAUCUUGAGAGACCAAAGGGUGACGCCGAUGGAUAUGAUUUAGUUGUUGUUGAUGCCAUGCACAAGGCUAACUAUGCAAGUCGAAUUUGUCACUCUUGCCGACCGAAUUGUGAAGCUAAGGUUACUGCAGUGGAUGGACACUACCAGAUUGGUAUCUAUUCUGUACGUUCUAUUGAAUAUGGCGAGGAGAUAACUUUCGAUUAUAAUUCUGUAACUGAGAGUAAGGAAGAAUAUGAAGCGUCUGUUUGCUUGUGUGGUAGCCAAGUAUGCCGUGGAAGCUACUUGAAUCUCACUGGUGAAGGUGCAUUUCAGAAGGUAUUGAAGGAUUGGCAUGGUCUGUUGGAUCGACACAGACUGAUGCUGGAAGCUUGUAUACUGAAUUCAGUUUCAGAAGAAGAUUAUCUUGAGUUGGGAAGAGCUGGACUGGGAAGUUGUUUGCUGGGUGGGUUACCAGAUUGGGUGAUUGCAUAUUCUGCUCGUCUGGUGCGGUUCAUCAAUUUCGAGAGAACAAAGCUUCCCGAGGAAAUUCUUAAGCACAAUCUAGAAGAAAAGAGGAAAUACUUUUCAGAUAUACACCUUGAUGUUGAGAAAAGUGAUGCUGAGGUUCAGGCUGAGGGUGUCUACAAUCAGAGGCUCCAAAAUUUGGCAGUUACACUUGACAAGGUAAGAUAUGUUAUGAGACAUGUGUUUGGGGAUCCCAAGAACGCCCCUCCUCCGCUUGAGAGGCUCGCUCCUGAAGAAACAGUCUCUUUUAUUUGGAACGGGGAUGGCUCCUUAGUUGAUGAGCUUCUUCAGAGCUUGUCACCACACGUGGAAGAAGGCAUUCUUAAUGAACUCAGAUCCAAAAUUCAUGCCCAUGAUCCAUCUGGAUCUGCUGAUGUCCUAAAGGAACUUCAGAGAUCGUUACUUUGGUUGAGAGAUGAGAUCCGAGAUCUCCCAUGUACAUACAAGUGUCGGAAUGAUGCCGCAGCUGAUUUAAUUCACAUAUAUGCUUAUACAAAGUGCUUUUUCAAAGUUCGGGAAUACAAGUCCUUUAUCUCUUCUCCUGUACACAUAAGUCCGUUAGAUUUGGGGGCGAAGUAUGCUGACAAGUUAGGUGCAAGUAUCAAGGAGUACAGGAAGACUUAUGGCGAGAAUUAUUGUCUUGGGCAGCUAAUUUACUGGUACAACCAGACAAAUACUGACCCAGAUCUUACAUUGGUGAGAGCAACCAGAGGUUGCUUGUCUUUACCCGAUGUCGCUUCCUUCUAUGCAAAGGCCCAGAAACCAUCGAAGCAUCGUGUUUAUGGCCCGAAGAUGGUGAAAACUAUGAUUUCACAGAUGUCUAAGCAACCUCAAAGACCGUGGCCAAAGGAUAAAAUAUGGACGUUCAAAAGCGCCCCAAGAGUAUUUGGAAGCCCGAUGUUCGAUGCUGUCCUUAAUAAUAACUCAUCACUUGAUAGAGAACUGUUGCAGUGGCUAAGAAAUAGACGGCAGGUCUUCCAAGCGACAUGGGAUAGUUAGGUAAAAAUCUUCUCUUUAAUUUAGCAAGUUGCCCUUUUGGGAAAGCGAGUAAUCAGGGCAACACAUAGUUACUAUAAAUAGUCUCUUAUCCAUGACCAAAGCCAUUCACUUCAAAGGUCCUCAGCUUUCCCCUCAUUCUUGUGUAUAGCUUUGCCAUAUAUGUGAUUUUGGAAAUUGAUAAUAACUUUGGGUUAGGGCCAUCGUUAUAUUCCUGGUAGAUUAGGCUCACAUAAUUUUCAGAGAGGAGAAUCAUUUGACUAGGGUCUCUUCUGUUUUUUUCUUUUUUGUUACCUUAUAUUAAUAAAUAGUUAAUCUAUUCGUGUUCCUAAAUCUGUUAAAGCUUGACACCAAAAAGAAAUGGAAAAAGAUAAGUUGAAAUAUAUAUUUUGGAAGUUUGUAUGCAACUGUUUUGUUUUUGCUGGUGGCAACUGGAUUAUACUGAAAUAGCAAGAAACCGGAUCUUACUUGUAAAGCCAUCUUUGUGUCAUAAUGAAAUGGUAGGAUUGA